AUGCAAAACACGGAUAGCAUCGCACCGGAUGUAGUGAUAAACGUAGUCGAGGCAUCAGAUAUACUCGUGCCCCUCAAGGAAGCCCGCAGAACAACAAAGUCAAUCAUCGACCUCAAGCAGGCACUCAAUGAUAAUCAGGGAGACUAA